GUUUAUCUGUUAAUUUAGUCCAGUCUCCUCUCUCCUCACGAUCGCAGAGAAGCUCCUUCCCUUUCAUCAUCAUGCUGAACUACCCUGCAACUUCUUCUUUCAAUUGCCAAAACACCCGAUUCACACCACCUACCGGUUACACUCUUCACCCCUCAUCUCUCACACUAUCAUCAUCAUCAUCAUCAUCGUCAUCUUCAUCUUCAUCAUUGCACUCUUCUUCUCAAUACCACCAAAACCUUCCUAAAGUCAUUGCUUACAAGCAUACCCAUUUCAAUAUCUCGCCAAGAACAAAGGUACGGAAGGUGAGGUGCUCACAAAAUGAGCCCUUGAAGGUUAUGAUAUCAGGGGCACCUGCAUCAGGCAAAGGGACUCAGUGUGAAAUGAUUGUUCAAAAGUUUGGAUUGGUGCACAUAUCAACUGGAGAUCUACUUAGAAGUGAAGUAGCAGCAGGUUCUGAGAUUGGAAACCAAGCAAAAGAGUACAUGAAUUCAGGACGCCUUGUUCCAGAUGAACUUGUCACAAAUAUGGUGAUUGGGCGACUUUCAAGAGAUGAUACAAAACAAAAAGGAUGGCUUUUAGAUGGUUUUCCACGCAGUUUUCCCCAAGCAGAAUCUCUGGAGAAAAUGAAGAUCAGACCAGAUGUGUUCAUUGUUCUAGAUGUCCCUGAUGAAAUUCUAAUUGAUAGAUGUGUUGGUAGAAGAAUGGACCCUGAAACAGGGAAGAUUUACCAUAUAAAGAAUUUCCCUCCAGAAACUGAGGAAAUUAAAGCAAGACUUAUAACUCGACCUGAUGACACUGAAGAAAAGGUGAAAUCACGUUUGCAGAUUUAUAAAAAGAAUGUGGAAGCGAUUGUAUCCACGUAUUCAGACCUUUUGAAGAAGAUUGAUGGAAACCGUUCUAAAGAUGUAAUUUUUGGAGAAAUAAGCUCUUUGCUUUUGCAAGUUGAGAAAGAGAAAGAGACAGAAAAAUCAGGAAAUAUAAGUAAACUUGACAGCCAGUUCAGUAAGUCGCCUUCAACCAAGGAAAACUGGAGAGGGAUUCCUACAAACUUAAAUAACAUCCCUCAUUCUAGAGAAAUUAGGGAUUACUUUUAUAAUGAUGUGCUUCAAGCUACCCAAAGAGCUAUCAAGGAUGGAAAAACUCGAGUCAAGGUGGAGAUCAAUAUUCCAGAGCUGAACCCCAACACAGAUGUAUAUCGGAUAGGUACUUUGAUGGAACUUGUUCGAGUUCUUGCUCUAUCAUUUUCAGAUGAUGGAAAGCGUGUUAAGGUUUCUGUUCAAGGAUCCAUGGGAGAAGGAGCACUUGCAGGAAUGCCAUUACAGCUUGCAGGAACAAGAAAGAUUUUGGAGUACAUGGAUUGGGGUAAUGAUGGAGCCAUGGGGACAUUCAUAAACAUUGGUGCUAUAGGGGGAAGAGACGUUGAUGAAGCAGAUGACAUCUUCAUUCUAGUGGCUCCUCAAAAUGCUAUGGGAAAUUGCAUUAUCGAUGAUCUAAGAGCAAUGACUGAUGCUGCUGGUAGUCGUCCAGUCAUUCUUAUCAACCCUAGACUCAAGGAUUUACCAGCAUCAAGUGGUAUUAUGCAAACGAUGGGUAGAGAAAAAAGACUGGAGUAUGCUGCAUCUUUUGAAAUAUGCUACCAGUUUCGGCUUCUCUAUUAUUCAGGAACACAAUAUCCAAUUAUGGGUGCUUUAAGGAUGGCUUAUCCAUAUCGAUAUGAGCUGUUCAAAAGGAUAAAUGAAGCAAAUGGAAAAGAGAAAUAUGUCAUCUUGUCAACAUUUCCUAGUAGGCCAACCGGUGAUGAAGUUAAUGAUGCAUUUGAAGGAAAAACAAGAGAUCAAGUUAAGAAAGCUUCAGGAUUCUGGGGUUUCUUGAAUAGCAUACUUUCAACAUAGAAAGGUAUUUUUUUUUUUUGAAAGAAAAUAGUCACUUGUGAGGUAAAUCUCUGGUAAAAUUUACAUUUUGAUUGCAUCUUGAUCAAUUUCCAUGUUCAUAAACAUCCCUUCAAUUACUGUAAAAAUGUGUACUAAACUGGUAUAUACGAGCUUACAGUCUUCUUUGUAUAUACAUAUACAUUAUGCUCAUCUCAAUAUUGUAUCUUUUGGUUAAAUAGAGA